AUGUGUUUUGGAAAAGAUCAUCCAUAUAAAUCAUUACAAACAUCUAUUAAACAUAAUGAUGAAGAACAUAUGUAUUAUGAUGUCUCAAAAAUUAAUCCUCAAUUAUUUUUACAAUUACCUUUUUGUCUUCGAAUUUUACUUGAAUCAACUGUUCGUCACUGUAAUAAUAUUUCAAUUGAAAAUAAACAUGUUCAGCAAAUAUUGAAUUGGCAAGAAAAUACGAUGCCAAGUAGUGAAUUGCCUUUUUUACCUAGUCAAGUGGUUAUGCAUGAUUUUUCUGGUCUACCAGCAAUAAUUGAUUUAGCAGCAAUGCGUGAUGCAGCCGUUCGUUUAGGUGCUGAUCCAAAUAUAAUUCAACCAAAAAUACCAACAACACUCUUACUUGAUUAUUAUAAUAUUGAAGCUGAUGUAGCCAGAAAAAUUGUAAGAAAAACAACGGAUACAAAUAAUACAACAAAUUUAGAAUGUGGAUAUGAAUCAUGUCCGUUUCAUCAAGAAAAAACUGUUUGUGCUGAUGCAAUUGAAAGAAAUCAACAAUUAGAAUUUGAACGUAAUAUUGAAAAAUUACAAAUUAUGAAGUGGAGUGCAAAAGCAUUUGAUCGUUUAUCUAUCAUUCCACCUGGAAUGAGUGUGUGUCAACAAAUCAAUCUUGAAUAUUUAUCAAAAUUAAUUAUAUUAGAAAAAGAUAAAGAUGAACAAAUAACAUUUGUUUAUCCUGAUACAUUAAUUGGUACUGAUACACAUAUAACAUUAUCAAAUGGUUUUGGUGUACUUAGUUAUAAUAUGGGUACAAUUGAAGCUGAAGCAGCAAUGUUUGGACAACCGAUUCCUAUUCGUCUUGCAUCAGUUAUUAUUGGUUGUCGUUUUGUUGGACAACCACAUUUUAUGUCAACAUCAAUUGAUCUUAUAUCAGCUAUUAUGAAAUAUCUUCGUCAGAUUGGUCUUGGUAAUAAAUAUAUCGAAUUUUUUGGUUCAAGUUUAAAUUAUUUAACUAUUGCUGAUCGUUCUUCAAUAGCACAUUUAUGUAUUGAACAAGGUGCUCUACUUGCUUAUUUCCCAUUGGAUGAUCUAUGUCUAAAACAUUAUUCUCGUACUGGCCGAGAUCCAUGUUUUAUCAAUAAAAUGCGUGAUUAUUUAGUUACAGCUAAAUUAUUUAGUGAUGAUAUACAACAUAAAAAUAUUGUUUAUACAAAUGUUUAUGAAUUUGAUUUAUGUACUGUUAUACCAAAUUGUAGUGGACCAAAACGUGCACAAGAUAAAGUAUCUUUAUCUACAAUGAAAUCAGAUUUCCAAGAAUGCCUUAUUGCACCUUCAGGAUUUAAAGGAUAUAAUCUUCCAACAGAACAACUUGAUUGUUCUAUUGCAAUUUCUCCUGAUGAAAUUUUAAAACAUGGUUCAAUUACUCUUGCUGCUAUUACAAGUAGUACGAAUGGAAUUAGCCAUGCUACGUCAUUAUUAACCACAGGUUUAAUGGCGAAGAAUGCUCUCGAUUUUGGUCUUAAAAUACCAAGUUUUACUCAAACCUAUCUUUCACCUGGCAGUGGUGUUGUAACAACAUAUUUACGUGAAAGUGGAAUAUUAAAAUAUCUUGAACAAUUAGGUUUUCAUAUAACCGGUUAUGGUUGUAAAAAAUGUAUUCAAAAUGAAGAAAAUAAUAGCUUAAAAUCGGAUAUAAAACAAAUUGUAAAUGAAAAUAAUUUAAUAACUAUUGGUAUGAUUAGUGGUACACGUCAAACUCAACAACGACAUUCAUUAAUCAAGGCAAAUUAUGUUACUUCAUCACCAUUAGUUCUUGCUUAUGCAUUAGCUGGAAAUGUUCUUAUUGAUUUAGAAAAAGAAACAUUCAGUGUAGAUAAUAAAGAAUUCUCCAUAAGAGAUAUUUGGCCUAAUCGUCAAGAUAUUGAAGAAUUAGAAGAUGAAUUAAUAAUCAAAAAAAUUUUAAAUCAAUUCAAUGAAAAAAUUCAAAUUGGUAAUCAACAAUGGAAUUCAUUACGAAUACCUUCCGUUGAUAUUUAUUCGCAAUAUCCAUGGGCAGAAUAUUCAACUUAUAUAACUCGGCCUCCUUUCUUCGAUACAAUAACUAAACAAAAUUCUCUAUCGAAAACUAUAUGUAUUGAUAAUGCACGUGUACUUCUCUAUUUGGGUGAUGAAGUUUCAACGGAUCAUAUAUCACCAGCAGGUUCAAUAUCUCGAACAUGUCCAGCUGCGAAAUAUUUAACACAAAAAGGAAUUACUCCACGUGAUUAUAAUUCAUUUGGUUCUCGUCGUGGUAAUGAUGCCGUCAUGGUUCGUGGUACAUUUAAUCAUGUUCGUUUAAAUAAUAAACUUGCUUCUAAACGUAUAUCAACAUUACUUCCUUCAUCAUCACCAUCACCAGCUACAACAACACUUUAUUUACCAAAAAAUACCGAAUUGGAUAUAUUUGAUGCAUCAGAACAAUAUAAAAAUUCAAAAAUCCCACUUAUUAUUCUUGCCGGAAAAGAUUAUGGUUGUGGACCAGUACGAGAUUGGGUUGCUAAAGGACCAUGGAUGCUUGGUAUUCGAGCUGUUUUAGCCGAAAGUUUCGAUCCUCAACAUCGUUCAAACUUAAUUGGUAUGAGUAUAUUACCAUUACAAUUUCAAAAUGGCGAUACAUGUACAUCAUUAAAUUUAACCGGAAAAGAAAUUUAUUCGAUUGAAUAUAAUAUUUAUAGUAAUGAAAAAUUAGCCAUUAUUAAACUUGAUAAUGGUAAGACAUUUUCAAUGAUUGCUCGUAUUGAUACGGAAAUUGAACGUCUUUAUAUGAUUCAUGGUGGUCUUCUUUCUUAUGUACUUCGACAAACAGUGAAUUAA